GUUUCGCCUGCCAGGGCUCCUGCGGCUGGUCCUUCCAGCGUCCUGGGACUUUGGCUUGCUUUACCCGCCGAGCUCCUGGCAAGGGUUGUCCGGGGAUGCCGCUCGGCCGCUUUCCACGAGGAACUUAACCCGCUGUGCCUACCUGCCGGAUGGGACCGCCGGAAUGCUCUAAAGUCUACAGUGAAUAUUGAACUGCUGAGGAAUUUGGGAAAAGACAAGGUGAAGUUCCCAUUCCAUGGAUCCCUUGGGUGCACCUUCCCAGUUUGUGGAUGUGGAUACACUACCAAGCUGGGUCAAUUCUUAUGAAGAACAAUUAACUACUUCUGACACUGCAGCUGAAACAUAUCAGGAAGAGACUAUUAGAUCACCUUUUCUUUACAAUAAGGAUAUCAAUGGAAAAGUGGUUCUCUGGAAAGGAGAUGUGGCAUUACUGAACUGUACAGCUAUUGUGAAUACCAGCAAUGAAAGUCUUACUGAUAAGAAUCCUGUGUCAGAAAGUAUCUUCAUGCUGGCAGGGCCUGAUUUGAAGGAGGACCUCCAGAAACUUAGAGGUUGCCGGACAGGUGAAGCAAAAUUGACAAAAGGAUUUAAUCUAGCUGCCCGGUUCAUCAUUCAUACAGUGGGACCUAAGUACAAGAGCCGCUAUCGCACAGCCGCUGAGAGUUCCCUAUACAGCUGCUACAGAAACGUACUUCAGCUGGCAAAAGAGCAGUCCAUGUCUUCUGUUGGAUUCUGUGUCAUCAAUUCUGCAAAACGAGGUUACCCUUUAGAGGAUGCAACACACAUAGCACUUCGCACGGUAAGGAGAUUCCUCGAAAUUCACGGAGAGACUAUUGAAAAAGUAGUAUUUGCUGUCUCUGAACUUGAAGAGGCUACUUACCAAAAGCUGCUACCUCUGUACUUCCCAAGGUCAUUAAAGGAGGAGAGUUGCUCAUUGCCGUACCUACCUGCAGAUAUUGGAAAUGCAGAAGGGGAGCCUGUGGUACCCGAACGGCAGAUAAGAAUAAGUGAAAAACCUGGCGCCCCGGAGGACAACCAAGAAGAGGAGGAAGAAGGCUUGGGAGUUGAUCUGUCUUUCAUUGGCUCUCACGCUUUUGCUCGAAUGGAAGGAGAUAUUGAUAAGCAAAGAAGACUGAUCCUUCAAGGACAGUUAUCAGAGGCAACCCUGCAGAAGCAGCAUCAAAGAAAUUAUAAUCGCUGGUUGUGUCAAGCAAGAUCUGAGGAUCUAUCUGACAUUGCUUCUCUAAAAGCCUUAUACCAAACAGGUGUUGAUAACUGUGGUCGCACGGUAAUGGUGGUAGUUGGAAGAAACAUUCCUGUAACAUUAAUAGAUAUGGACAAGGCGCUCUUAUAUUUUAUCCACGUAAUGGAUCACAUUGCUGUGAAGGAAUACGUAUUAGUGUAUUUUCACACACUGACCAGCGAAUACAAUCACCUGGACUCUGACUUCCUGAAGAAACUCUACGAUGUUGUUGACGUCAAGUACAAGAGGAAUUUGAAGGCUGUUUAUUUUGUUCAUCCAACAUUUCGUUCAAAGGUAUCAACAUGGUUUUUUACCACCUUUUCUGUCUCAGGACUGAAGGACAAAAUCCACCAUGUGGACAGCCUCCACCAGCUGUUUUCUGCCAUCUCGCCAGAACAGAUCGACUUUCCUCCUUUUGUCCUUGAAUAUGAUGCCAGGGAAAAUGGGCCUUAUUAUACAUCUUAUCCCCCAUCACCAGAUUUGUGAUCUGCUAUCUUUCAGUGCUGCUGGUUUCUAAGGACACCACUUUCUCCAGAGAUCACUACCUAUUGAAGUGAUAUUCAUUUUUGCUGUACAGCUCCAGAGAGCCUUUUGUCCCCACCUCUCUGGUAUUUUUUUAUUGACUGUAUAUUUUCUGGCACACAAGCAAUCUGAAAAUGGUAGGCCAUUCUGAACUGUGCACUUAUUUUAAAUUUGUAUAUUUGUAUCAAAUGAAAAUGUUCACUUUUCGAGGGUUGUUAAUAGAAAUUGGGGAGCAACUUUUGAGUAUCUUCAGUCUCCUGAAAGGACACUGGAUUCUCCAUUAGACAAGCCACAAUAUUGUUCACAUCAUCUCUUUAACAUUGCACGCUUUCUUUGUGUACUCAAGUGUUUCUCAAAAUAUAUGGAACCAAUGUAUGCUGAAUGGAUGCCUUGUUUGCUUCAGACCCUGGCAUUACGUUUUAUACAGAUAAUUCAGUUAUGAUAAAAGAGAAUUGUCUGGGAUCAAGGAUGUAGAAAUGUAUCUGAUCAAAAACGUCAAAAUCGUUAGCAAAAUAUAGGUCUUAGAAUUUUACCACACCAGUUAAGACCGAGACUUAAGGACUAAAGUUCCUUAGAUGGUAUGAUUUAAGAUUGUCACUGUUCUGGUCUCAACAGUGGGGGAAAACAAGAAGACUGUUUCUUCAGCCUUUUUCCUAUCAUCAUAGAUGGUUUGGUCUCCUUAUUCAACAGGACUGCACAUAUUAGUACUCUUAAGUGGAAGGCGUCUCCUAAGACGCCAUCAGUGAGUGUUAGAGAGAGUGCCGCUUUCCCAGAGUCAUGAAUGAUUUUGUUUGGCUCUUAGGUCUGCUUUCUCUAAGGACAUUUCCUAGCAGUGUGUCUUGAGUUGCCUACAUCAAAAUGAAGGAAGUGUGUUGCAGUGAACAAAAUUCCAGACCACUUUUGCAACUCAGGCUCUAUUUGUGCCUUAGCUUGAAUAAAAAUUAGAAUUAUGCUACCUACCUCACAGAGGUAUCAUAAGGAUAACAUUUAGAAAGGGCUUUUGACAUCUUUGGAUGAAGAAUGCUAGGAGAGUUUGUGUGGUGGGGUGUCUUUAGUUAGUUUUUAAAUGAUAGCAAGUAUCCUUGAGGGAGUGCGACAAGGCACUCCUCUUGUCUUUGGCACCUUUUGAGUGAUUUCCGUUUUCUUGGGACAACAGCUGUUAGUGCAAAAUGCCAACCCUUAGGACCUUCUUCCUACUUUGUCCAGAAUGUCUUCUGUCCUACUCCUCUUUCAGUGCUACACUUUAACAAGAGACAUAUGUUAGCCGUUUUAAACACUACUUCUUGAAUUAAGGUCAAACCAUUAUCAUUUCCAUCAGGGUUUCUUCAUAUUCCUUUUGAUUCCUACAUUCACUCCCCAUCUCUCUCACCCCAUCAUGUACACUGGCAGUUCGGAGAAGAAAAAGUAGAACUCUUCUGUUCUAAUGUGCUCAGGAUUGGUGCUUCCAAGGGUCCCACUCCCCUAUGUCCAAAUUAAUUCUUCAGUGGAGAUAAAAGAAACAUAUUUCUUCAUUUAUUCCAGAGAACCCCCCCGCCCAUAGUUGUUGCAACCCCAUCCUCUAUUUUCCCAUAUAAGCAAGAAGGGGCUUUACAUUUCUCAGAUAAGCAGUCUUAUCUUUUGCAUGUAAUGGACACAUUUGCUUUGUGCCAGAAAUCAAAACCACUUGUUCCUUACAUAUACUUACUUGUUAAGGACUUCCUGUUAUGUUCCCUAGGUCAUCAGGUCUAGACAGCCAGUCAAAUGUCUGGUAUUAAGCUUCAUCUCAGACAGUACUCCUUUCAUCCCUUGAGCCUUGACCUUUAGAAAUCUGAAAAAUUAGCUUCAUCUUCUCCAGUAUAUAUGAGGUGUCGUUUCACUAGGAGCAGUUGUAGAAAUAUGCCAUCUUUUCUCUGUUAAAGCUGGACUUGGCUACCUCACAUUGGCAUCUGGCCUGAAUCAUUUUCUCUAUAGAUAAUAGAGGGUGCAAGCUACUUUACUAUUUGAAAGGGAGCAAAUUUUACAAUUUCUUAUAGGCAAUAAUUUUGAAAGAAUGUCCCUUUGGUAUAUUCGCAGCAGUAUAUUAAUGAUUAGUAACACAAGCAAGAAUGUUCAAUUGCUGUCCUAGGGUAUAAAGGUGGUAUGGGACUAUGUACAUAUCAAUUGCAUUUUAUAAUUUAAUGGUGACUAAAGAUAAGGUUGCUCUGCUCAGUGAAACUGAAUUUGGUAUGGGACCAAGUUCAUGCUUUUAUAGCUGUCUGAAGUGUUAUGUAAUGAAGGUCUUUCAACGUACUAAGUCGUAGGAGGGGAACAUAGUGACCUUGAUAUUGAAAUGAUAAAGUAAUGUUCACUAUAUAUCUGCCUUUGUCAGAAGGUUGGAUAGCCUGGGUAACACAUGCCACCUUCAAGGACACAUUAGAGGGAGGAUAAAGGGGUGGAGAUGACCACUAGCAUCUGAUGUUAAUUCAGAGCACCCUCAAGUCCUUAAUUUAGUUAGACUUUGGUCAUGCCAAAUGCUAGUUGAAUUGAGGAAGAAACUACUUACAAAAUAUUAAUUUAAUUCAUUAAUUAGUUCUUGCAAGGCAUAAUGUGAAUUAUAAAACAAGUAUGUUUCUUGCUUCAGCAUAUAUUUGGAUUCUUAAUUAAUCUAUAUUUAUUUCAUUAUUUCUUGAUAGCAAAAAUGACCUCUUGAAAAAAACUCAGUAUUUAUUAGACUCUUAAACCUUAGAGACCAAGUGGUUCAUAUUUUAAAGAUCUUCUUUUCUUUAAUAUAUAUCUUAUUUCAUCAGCUGGUGCUCUAUUAUAUUUAUUUUUUGCAAAGUAAUCCAUCUGCAGUAGUUUGAGACUAAUUAACAGGAUUUUUGGUAGCAUAAAUGGAUGUAGAUUUUUGAUCAAAUAUCUGAAGUUUAAAAUGAUUAAAAUAUCUCCUAUUUCUAGAGAGAGAUGAGUGUAAUCACUGUAUUAGAAAAAUGUGGCUUGCCUAUUUCUGCCUGUCUUCUGUUUGCCUAGAUAUUGUUUAAUAAAUUCAAACUGUAGGUAAUGGUUUAAUCUUUUCUUUGCAGCAGUUCAUAGGAAAGCAAGAAAAUGUAGUUAGAAGCUAAAACUCACUCUUUGUGUUUCCCCUGGUACAUUGUGUAUGUAUGUAUAUAGAGUUUAAAUUGCUUAAUAUAUGAACAGAAAUGAUUGGCAUUUGAAGUACUGGAAAGAGAAGAAUUGUAUGGUUCUAGGAACAGGGAUUGACUGUAAUAAGGACCGAAAGGACUGCAAGAUAGCAUGUAGACCUCUAAUAUUGGAGUUAGCCAGUGAGGUUCAGAUUGUGGUUCUCUUAAGUUAUGGUCACCAUAAUCAACAUGCACUAGAGUGUUUCACCUGUACUGGCGCUAAUAUACUUCACGCUAUGGGAUGGACUCUUGGUUUGCUAUUUCCUGAGACCAUGAAGGGUAGAGGAGGGUUCUACCUGUAAUCUAAAUCGUAUCAUAAACCCAGAGAUUAUAAGGAUUGCCUAGUAGGUCUAACCAUAUAUACGUAUAUGUAUACAUAUUUACAUACAUGUUUAUGUUUACACACAGUAAUCUGCUUUGCUUUUCAUUCUUUGGAUGUGGUUUAAAUGGCCCAUAAGUAGAGAACAUAAAACAAUAAAUAGCCUAGUUUAAGCUUUGAUUCUACCAAAAUCACCCUUGAACAGAUGAUAUCAAGGUCAUUUUAAAUAUUAGUGGCUCUCUUGGAUAUUAGUUGUUAACUUUGUUUUCUAUGCUUCCAAGAACAGUAUCUUUGAAUCUUUUUAAGUAAAUACAACAUGACUUAAAUGUUUAGGGCCUCUGAGUUCAAGAAGAAAAGCAGAGAUAUUCUCUAGGUGAAUCACACUGACAAAAUCGUAAGUGGUGAAUGUGAUCUACUAUUUUUGUUGAACAUUUAACACUAUACAUUUUGUAUACACAAUCAUAUUUUUGUUUGGUAAUGUGUUUUGUUAGUAUAAGCACACAAUCAUCAUAAACUGAGCCAAGACUUUGUCAAACCAGAUGUUGUGGACCAAAAUAUUUAAAUAAGAGCUUAACAUAUGUAAAUGAUUUUAAUUGCUAUUGGGCAAAGGAGACCUAACAAAGUUUUGCAAUUGGGCAAAAGAGACCUAACAAAGUUUUGAUUGAUGUGCUCUUAAAACUUGUUUAUUCAAAAUUCAGAAAGUUUUUAUGAAUAUUUUGCACUUAAAAAUAUACUUUGUUCUUUCUGAAUUAGAAGUUAGAUCCCUUUUAAAGAGAGUCCCACCCUAUACACAUACAGCCAUUAAGAACCGGUUAGUAAAAUGGUAAUGUUUAUAUUGAACCCCAGGAUAGAACAGUCUUUUUUAGCCAUUUACACCCAGCAUUUCUCUAACCACCAAAAUUAGCCUACAGAGCAGUUCAAAAUGCAGUGAAUUUUGUCAACCAUCUCUAUGGAGACCUAGACUAGGGCUUCUCAAACUUUAAUGUGCAUAUAUUAAAUCAGCUGGGAAUAUGUUCAAAUGCAGAUUCUGAUACAGUAGGUCGGGGUGGAGCCUGGGACUCUCAGUUUCUUUCUUUUUUUUUUUUUUUUUUUUGUUGGGGGGCCAUGCCACAAGGCAUGCGGGACCUUAGUUCCCUGACCAGGGAUCGAACCCACGCCCCCUGCAUUGGAAGCGUGGAGUCUUAACCACUGGACCUCCAGGGAAGUCCCCAAUUCUCCGUUUCUAACAAGCUCUUAGGUAAUAUCAAUACUCUUGGUUCCAAGACCACACUUAGAGUAAAAGAGCCUAAGACCAUAUUUAGCUUCCAUAUUUUCCUUGUUUCCAGUAAAGCAGACAGAACUAUCAGUGUAAUUCCUUCUGUGGGCCAAGCACUCACACAUUCCUCAUCUCAUUUAAUCCUCUUACAAAUCCUGUGAGGUAGGUGGUGAUAGAGGUUAAGUGCUGCUGAAGCCCAAACACACAAGCAGCGCAGUAUAGACCAGUGUUUCUCAAACUUGAAUAAUGCACAUCCCCUUUUAAUAUGGAAAAAUUCUCUUAGCUCCUCAGGUUUUGUUUAUUAUAAUGUUACCUAACUACAUAUGAACAUAAAGCUACAUGUAAAUGCCUUAUGCUUAUAGCUCUCGCACAACUAUAAAACCAAAAGAAGUUUACAGAUCAGACACAAGCAAAACUAUAAAACUAAUACAGUUUAGAAUAACAGUAACUAAGUACGAUGGAUCAUGAUGUUUUGCCAAAAUGAAGCAGUAACAUGAUUACGGUACUGAGUACUGUAAUACAGGCUCUUCUGUGUUUAGCAUGCACCUACUACCAUGUGCUAUGUGGUAACUCAGUUCUCCCACUCUUUCUCUCUGUUCAAACUAUUACUUACAUUUGUUUAGCAUGUAGUGAUGUUAUUUGGUCUUCAUCUAGCUUGAAUGCAUCAUUUCCCUUAUAUUAAGUUAUUCUCUGUUCUCCAUAAGCUUUCCACAACUAAAGCAGAACCCGGCUUUAACUUUCAAGUAAAGACAAAUGCAGACCUAGUCACUGAAACAUUCUGGCAAUAUUUGGUUUUAAGGUAGUUAUCCAGAUAAUUCAGAACAUGAAUAUUAAUUUUUUAGAAUUUUCAUCAACAUGAAAAAUGUCUAAUUCUCAUAGUAAACUCAUGGAUCUCCCAUCCCACAAACACAUACACAGGCUCUUAAUUCCCCUUUCUCCUUCUCUCUCUCUCUCUCCCUCCCAACAAGGAUUUUUCAUGGUGUUUAACAGCAUUGGUCCUUUGGCUUCUGACACACCUGGGUUCAGGCAUGUUUCUCAACAUUUUCUGAACCUCACUGUUUUCAGGUGUUAUUCAGGGAUAAUAAUACUCAUUGAAUAAUUAAGAGAAAUAAAUGCAGUCAUGUUAGUAAAGCAUGCAUAGUAAGUGUUUAUAAAUGGUAGCUACCAUAGCUUUGAUUAGAAAUAAUAAUAACUACCAUUUGAGGACUUACUAUGUGCCUUCAACUUUGCUAAACUCUUUAUAUAUGUUAUCUUAUAUAUUGAGUUAUAGGACGGGUUCAAAUCCAAGUCUGACUCCAAAGCUCAUGCCCUUAUAAAAAGUAAUCUAAUAUAGAACAUCAACUUAAGUUCCUUAUUUAAAAAGUUAUUUAAUGUUAAAUUGUAUUUUCUCAAAAUUUUUGUUAUAAAAUUAAUGAUGUUUCCCUGGAGGGGAAAUGACUAAGGUUCCUUUUAACGAUUGUGUGAUGUGCUGAUAUAAUCAAAUUGACACAGAAUAAAUGUAGAUUUCUUUUAAAGGCUAUCAUGCUAGGUUGUGGUCCAGUGAAGAGAUACUAGGACCAUUAGGCUCCACUUGUGCAUUAUUGUUCUCUUGCACAUUUAAGAUCUAUAACUAAUGGUAGCAUGAGAUUCUCACUGAAUCUCAAUAUAGCUUUUUUGCAGAAAAAUGAUUUUCCCCCCACCAGUAUUAUCCUGAUAUUCCUUGAUAGUCUGAGAAAUAAUAUGCGAACAUCUUAAUUUUCACCUGUGAAACAUAUUUUUAAAAAUUGUUCUAACUGUCCUUUAAAAUAGUUUCUAGAAGUGUAUCAUUUCCUAGUUUUCUGUUAAAAAAAAUCUGGACUUUUGAAAAAUGAACAUGCAUACCUGUUGGCUGGGUUUUUUAAAUUUUUAUUUAUUGUUUAGCUUUUUUCUAAUUAGGUGUUGGGAGAAAAUACCAGGAGGGAGUUGUAAGAGGAACUCAUUUAUUAACGAAGAUAGUAUGUAGCAAAUUUAAAUUCUUUCCCUACUUACUAAAACAUUUGCAGAAAUUAUUAGAGUAGUGGAGACACAUGAAAUGUGAGGCUGUCAUUGAAUUUUAUUAAAAUCUGUUGUAAAAAUACUUCCCUUUAUGCCAUCUUAUGUAGAAGCAUGAUAAUAAUCUACGUUGUGGAAAUUAUUGAUUCUUUUUCCACUCCAGCCUCUUUCUGCCAUCAGCAAUAAAUUUAUUUAUUUUAUUUAUUUA